AUGCCACCACUGCCCAUCAAAAUACUUUUGAAUUCUGAAGGUUCUCCCUUAGCUUUUGUUUCUGAUUCAGAUCAUGAUGCCAGGGUUUAUGCUGCGAUAGCUUCAAACAUAUGGAGUACUUUUGAAAAAAAUGGAAAAAAUUUAAUGCGUGAGGAUAAUCUAAAAUUCAUGUUGAAAGGAAAUGUUGCAAUUACUAUGGUUAGCAACAUGUUACUGUGUCUAGUUGCUACGCCUGAAGUUGAAUUGGGAAUAUUAAAAGCAAAGACGGAUGCAUUAGCGAAACAUCUUGAAGAACCUUUUCAACGUGUGACAGCUUAUACACAAGCAUAG